CUUCCCGACCCGGAGUGGGUGUGGCAUGCGUUAAAAUUAAAGGUCAGUGUCCGAAUGAAGCUUAUAAAAUAGCUUGGGAGAAGCGGUCAACAAGACCACACAUCUUAAAUUGGAUGAGUUUGCAUGUGGAAACUGCCUUCAUCUUGACAGAAAAGGUUCCAUCCAGAGCCCCAAGAUGAUGACGGCGUUGCUGCUCUUUUCUGCUCUGGCCAGCCUCUUCCGUGCCGCAGACGGACAAGCCUUUCACCUUGGGAAAUGCCCGACUCCUCCGGUGCAGGAGAAUUUUGACGUGCACAAGUAUCUUGGACGAUGGUAUGAAAUUGAGAAGAUCCCAGUGAGCUUUGAGAAGGGAAGUUGCAUCCAAGCCAACUACUCGCUAAUGGAAAACGGAAACAUCAAAGUGAUAAACCAGGAGUUGAGACCGGAUGGAACUGUGAAUCAAAUUGAAGGUGAAGCCACCCAGGCUAACCUCACAGAGCCUGCCAAGCUGGGAGUUAAGUUUUUCUGGUUGAUGCCGUCUGCUCCAUACUGGGUCCUGGCCACCGACUAUGAGAACUACGCCCUCGUGUACUCCUGUACCACAAUCGUCUGGCUUUUUCACAUGGAUCAUGUUUGGAUCUUGGGAAGAAACCCUUAUCUCCCUCCAGAAACAGUGACCUAUCUAAAAGAUAUCUUGACUUCUAAUGAAAUUGACAUAGAAAAAAUGACUAUCACAGAUCAGGUGAACUGCCCUGAGCCACUGUAAGAGGCUCUAAAGGGAACCUGCCUUCACUCAAUGUUGCUUCUUUUGCUUUGCUUCCCCCCACCCCACCCUUCAUAAAGACAAACCAACCACGGCAACAUUGCAAACACCAGAGGGGAAAUUUGAAAGCAGAAGCCUGUGGAGAGAAAAGUCAAGGAACGCUGGCCCAAACACUUAGCCAUGUACCAUGUUACCUUGCCAGGCUAAUAAUAAACUUGUUGCUGACCUGCUGUGCUCACAGUA